GUAGAGGUGAGGCGUUAUGGGUCGGGUGAGGUAGGAGCAUGGGUAGUAGAUAGCGAUCGUGUGUAUGGGCAUUGGCAAGGCAAGCAUGCAAAGCUAGGAGUGCGCACAAGCACUGGUGAGGGGCCGAGGCGCACCGAGGGCGAAGGCGUGCUUGGUGGGAGGAGGGUUGUGAGUGAGAGAGGGCGAGUAGGCGUGCUUGGGGGGAGAAAG